AUGCUCAUAGAAAGUAAACAUCAAGAACUCAGACAUGCUGGAGUUCAGGCGUUGAUGAAUCAUCUCAGAGAGAACUAUUGGAUUCUCCAGAACCGGAAAACGGUUAGAAAAGCUAUCUCGACAUGUGUACGAUGCAAACGAUUCACUGUGACCCAUUCAGAACCGAAAUGCCCUCCUUUACCUGAGGAUAGAGUUAGAGAUGCAACAAUAUUCGAAAUCACAGGAACAGAUCUUGCUGGACCGUUAUACUUGAGAGACGGAACGAAAGCCUGGAUAGUUCUCUACACUUGUGCUGUGUAUCGUGCAGUGCAUAUAGAACUGAUAACCUCUCUAACUGCAGAAGCCUUUUUCCAAGCAUUAAGAAGAUUUAUUGCUAUACGAGGAAGGCCAGAAAUUUUAUAUUCCGAUAAUGGAGGCAACUUCGUUAAAGCUCACAAUGAAUUAAGCAAACUAGAUUGGGGAAAGAUAGAAUCACAGUCGUCGCUGAAGAAAAUAACCUGGAGGUUCAUACCACCUUCAGUCUCCCUUCGUGGGGCGGAUGGUGGGAGCGGUUGA